AUGGCUCGCAGGAAGGUGGCCCUCCGGUACAUCGCCGACAGCAACUCCCGUCGCGAUAGCUUCAAGACUCGUAGCCAGGGCCUGAGGAAGAAGGCAGGCGAGGUGGCCACUCUGUGCAAGGCCAAGUCCUGUGUCAUCAUCUACCCCGAGGGCGAGUCGGUGCCGCAUGUGUAUCCGUCCGGUUGUCAGACGGUGGCCAUGUUGAACCGGUUCAGGAGCCUCAAGGAUGAUCACCCACUCAUGAAGACGAUGGACCAGGAGUGCUUCCUCAACAAGCGCCUGGAAAAGCUCCGAAACCUGGCGCUCAAGCAUGAGCGCGACCGCGAGGAGAGCGAGACCAAGCUCCUACUGUACAAGGUUAUGCUGGAAGGCCACGCUGGGCUCUCUGUCGACGAGCUUUCCAAUGUUGCUCUGAAGGUACGGGAUGCCCUCAAGAGCAUCAGCGACCGCAUAACCAAGAUCACUGGACAGCCACCAGUCUACCAGCCUUCCCAUGUACAGGUAUCAACUUCUUACAUCACCAAUGACAUGGAAACUAUUGGAGUACAUGCGCCAAAUCUCCACGCCAGUGGCAGCUUGGACACGAUUGGAGGGCAUGAGCCGAAUCUCAGCUUUAAUGGCAACAUGUACACCAUGGGAGCUCAGGUGCGCACUCCCCACCUCAUUGAUGGUAUGUACACCAUUGGAGCUUUGGCGCCGGCUCCCCAAGUCGCCAGCAACACGAAUACCAUUGGAGCUCAGGCGCCAAGUCCCCACUUCGCCGGCGGCAUUCACACCGUUGGAGCUCAGGCGCAGCCCCAACAGCAUGAGACAUGGCUCGAAUUGAUGAGGACUGGAGGAGGGGACCUCGACGCACCUUUGUGUAGUGCCUUCGAUAGUGGUGCCACCACAAGCGGCACCGCUGGACUCAACAACGAUGAGAUGAUGCAAUCCUUUAGUCCAAGUGCAGAUUUUGUAUCUUGGGGUUCUUUCCUUCCCAUGUAA